UUUUCACUUUAAAGGUGACACUUCCUUUUUCCCUGCAGCAUGUGAAUGUGAUCAUCAUCCUCCGCCUACCCCUCCACCUUUAUAUAAACAACAAUCCCAUUUCACUUUCUCUUAUUACUCCCUCUUCUUCCAUAUUCCCUUUAAUUUCUGCUGUUUUCACUUCCUCUCUCUAGUCUUCAUAUAUAUAGUUUCCGGUAUUGGAACUAAUGAUGCCUCCUGAGCUAGAAAACAGCAGCAUGACAUCAAAAAAUCCAGCUGAUCAAACCAUUUCUGUGCAAAUCGAACUUCCUGGUUCAACCAGCAAUGUCAGCCCUUGUCCUGAUGAUCAAGUGCCUGAGAAUCACGCCACUCUUGUCAGGUCUUCAGUUUUACGCGAAUCUUUACGUCCCGUCACUCUUAAGUUUGAGGAUGUAUCGUACACAAUUAAGUUACAAAACAGGCGUGGAGGUUGCUGUUCGUCAUCUGAACCUAAGCUAACACGUAACAUACUCAAUAGUGUUAGUGGAACCGUUCGACCUGGUGAACUUCUGGCGAUGCUUGGCCCGUCAGGCAGCGGAAAAACAACUCUUUUGACAGCUCUAGCCGGAAGGCUGCCUGGAAAAUUCUCAGGCACGAUCACGUACAACGAACAGGCCUUCUCCAGCUCUAUGAAACGAAAAACAGGCUUCGUUACGCAGGACGACGUGUUGUAUCCUCACCUGACAGUGCUGGAAACCCUAACCUAUGCUGCCCUGCUGAAGCUACCAAGUAAGCUUACUAAGAAAGAGAAAAUGGAGCAGGCUGAGUUGAUUAUCAUGGAACUUGGGCUGACAAGGUGCAGAAAUAGUAUAGUUGGGGGCCCUUUUCUGAGGGGAAUAUCAGGUGGGGAGAGGAAAAGAGUGAGUAUUGGACAAGAAAUGUUGGUGAAUCCCAGCCUUUUGUUGGUGGAUGAGCCCACCUCCGGGCUGGACUCCACCACGGCGCAGCGGAUCGUGGCCACACUCCGGUGGCUGGCUCGUGGCGGCAGGACGGUGGUAACCACCAUACAUCAGCCGUCGAGUAGGUUGUUCAGGAUGUUUGAUAAGGUGAUAGUGUUGGCUGAGGGGUGCCCGAUAUAUAGCGGCGGUGCAAACGGAGUGAUGGAUUAUUUUGCUUCCAUUGGUUAUGCGCCAGGGUUCAACUUCAUGAAUCCAGCUGAUUUUCUCCUGGACCUUGCAAACGGUGUCACUCCUGAGUCGGGACAAGAUGAUCAUGAACAUGACUUUGAUCAUGGGAGACAAUUAGACCACCAUGAUGAUCAUAACUCAACCAAACAAUUUCUCAUAUAUUCCUACAAAAAGAAUUUACACCCUCUGAUCAAGGAAGAAAUUCAUCAGGCCUCCCAAGAUUCUGGAAAGCCAUCACCACUGAAAAGAUGUUCAGAAAAGCAAUGGACCAACAGUUGGUGGUUGCAGUUCAAGGUAUUGCUAAGCCGGGGCCUGAAAGAACGAAAGCACGAGUCGUAUUCCGGUUUAAAGAUAUUCCAAGUCAUGUCUGUUUCAAUCCUUUCUGGACUUCUAUGGUGGCAUUCUGAUGCCAACCACAUUCAAGAUCAGGUGGGACUACUCUUUUUCUUCUCAAUUUUCUGGGGUUUUUUUCCACUAUUCAGCGCGGUAUUUGUGUUCCCACAAGAGUGGUCGAUGCUCACAAGAGAGUGUUCCUCAGGAAUGUAUCGCCUUUCGUCCUAUUACUUUGCAAGAACGGUUGGUGAUUUGCCAAUGGAGCUUGUCCUUCCAACCAUAUUCGUAACAAUAUCAUAUUGGAUGGGUGGCCUAAAGCCUUCCCUCAUUACGUUCCUCCUAACCCUCUGGAUCAUCCUUCUCAACGUGCUUGUGGCUCAGGGACUUGGGCUAGCCCUUGGUGCCGUUCUAAUGAACGUAAAACAAGCCACGACCCUGUCUUCAGUGUUAAUGCUAGUCUUUCUACUAGCCAGCGGAUACUACAUUCAGCAUAUCCCACCAUUUAUUGAUUGGUUGAAAUACAUCUCAUUUAGUCACUACUGCUACAAGCUUCUUGUCGGGGUGCAGUAUUCACCAAAUGAGGUUUACGACUGCGGAUUAGGAUACGUUUGCAGGGCGGUCGAUUUUCCAGCCAUAAAGUACCUUGGCAUUGAUCAUAUGGGGUUGGAUGUGAUUGCUUUGAUGCUAAUGUUGGUGGGAUAUAGGCUCCUGGCCUAUGUAGCUCUCCGCUUCGGACUACAUCAGUAACUGUAAAGGAACAAUUGCCUGAGUUUUUGUACCUGUCCGUAGAAAUAGAUUUUCAAUACUUUGUAUAAGUUGGUGCCCUCAACAACAUGACUUAUUUGUACAUGAUCUUCAUUAAUUCUAUUGAAAUUUAAUAGAUUUCUGAAGGUCAUAUUCUGAUGGAUUGUGCCAACAAGAAAACUUUAAAGCUGAA